UCUUCAUUCAAGGCUCUCCUCUCUUCUCUCUUUCUUACAUUCCACUCUUGUGCUCCUCUUAUCGCUGUAAUCUCCCUACUGUGGUGCAGCAAUGGCCAGCUCCGAGAGAUCGAAAAUGGAAAAAGAGGAGAGAGCAAUAGAAGUCGGCGCGGUGAAGAGCAGAAGUGAUUCCUUGAAUAAGGACGUAAACGGAGAGAAGGAUGAGCGAUAUGAAUACACACUUGAUGGAUCAGUGGACGCAAGGGGCAGGCCUGCAGCCAAAGGCAAGACAGGAGGGUGGGUGGCUGGAGCACUUCUGCUAGUGAACCAGGGAUUGGCGACGCUGGCGUUCUUCGGGGUGGGGGUGAACUUGGUGUUGUUCCUAACAAGAGUCCUGCAGCAGAACAACGCGGAUGCAGCUAACAAUGUCAGCAAAUGGACGGGCACUGUCUACAUCUUCUCCCUUGUGGGCGCCUUCCUCAGCGACUCCUACUGGGGAAGAUACAAGACCUGUGCCAUCUUCCAAGUCAUCUUCGUAAUUGGGUUGGGGUUGCUGUCACUGUCGACUUACUUGUUUCUUCUGAAACCCUCAGGGUGUGGCCAAGAGCACCUCCUGUGUGGGCCGCACUCGAGCAUGGAGCUCGGAGUGUUCUACCUUUCGGUGUAUCUCAUCGCCCUGGGGAACGGAGGGUACCAGCCCAACAUAGCCACCUUCGGGGCAGACCAGUUCGAUGAGGAGGACCGCAGCGAGGCACACUCCAAGGUCUCCUUCUUCAGCUACUUCUACUUGGCCCUCAACCUGGGCUCCCUCUUCUCCAACACCUUCUUGGGCUACUUCGAGGACAAGGGCAUGUGGGCUCUAGGCUUCUGGGCCUCUGCCGGCUCCGCCCUGGUCGCCCUCGUCCUCUUCCUCUGCGGGACGCCUCGCUACAGGCACUUCAGACCCGUCGGCAACCCCCUCUCCCGGGUGUGCCAGGUCGUCAUCGCCGCGUCCAGGAAAUGGAGGCUCCAUAUCCCCCUCGGAGGCUAUGAUCUGUACGAGGUGGAAGCCAAGGAGGUCUCCGCUGUUGCUGGCAGUAGAAAGAUACUCCACACCCAUGGCUUCAAGUUCUUGGACCGAGCUGCGAUCGUGGAUCCGGGCAAUGACUUCGUGAUCCGAGAAGACAUGUCGAGCGCUCGUGAUCCGUGGCGCCUCUGCCCCAUCACGCAGGUGGAGGAGCUGAAAUGCGUGCUGCGGCUCCUCCCCAUAUGGCUCACCACCAUCAUCUACUCCGUCGUCUUCACGCAGAUGGCCUCCCUGUUCGUGGAGCAAGGCGCGGCCAUGAACACCACCGUCGCCGGGUUCCGCAUCCCCCCCGCGAGCAUGUCAGCCUUCGACAUCGUCAGCGUCGCGCUCUUCAUCUUCUUCUACCGCAGGCUCCUCAGCCCGUUGGUCUCGAGGCUGCGCAGGAACCCACGAGGGCUGACGGAGUUGCAGAGAAUGGGGGUUGGCCUGGUCAUAGCCGUCCUGGCGAUGAUCUCCGCCGGGACGGUGGAGGUCUACCGGCUGAAGCACGUCUGCAGCGGCUGCGACGACGACAGCUCGCUGAGCAUUCUGUGGCAGAUCCCCCAGUACAUGCUGAUCGGGGCCUCGGAGGUGUUCAUGUACGUGGGUCAGCUGGAGUUCUUCAACAGCCAGGCGCCGGACGGGCUGAAGAGCUUCGGCAGCGCGCUCUGCAUGACCUCCAUCUCCUUCGGCAACUACGUCAGCAGUCUUCUGGUGACCAUCGUGAUGGAGAUCACGGCGAGGGGCGAGCGCCCCGGGUGGAUUCCGGUCAACCUCAACAAGGGCCACAUGGACAGGUUCUACUUCCUCCUGGCGAGCCUCACCGCCGCAGACCUCGUCGCCUUCGUGGCCUGUGCAAGAUGGUACAAGUGCAUCAAGUUAGAGGGAAGACACGAUGAUGAUGACAAAGAGAACUCCAACGUCUAAUGAACUACGGACACAGUGCGGUGUAAGGCUGGUAUGGAUUAGAUGGCAGUCAUUUCAUCCAUCACUUAUUCUUUCAUUGAUGCAAGACAUUGGAGCAUGUCAAUGGAGAUGGAUGGAUCUGUCAGGGAGGCGAGGAGGAAGAAGAUGAUCCUAGCGAAUGCGAUUCCCUAACUUUUGUCUUAUGACGCAAUAGUGCAAGCAUUGUAAAUGCUAAUAUUAUCAGCAUUAUAAUAAUACAUCUACCAAAUA